CUCCAUCGAUUAGGUUUCCUACUACACUUCGUCUUCUUCAUUCGUUAUUCGUCUCUCUUCAUCAAUCUCUUUUCUCCUCUCUCACCGCUCGAUUUCACAAUGGUUGACGCGAAAAACGUUCGUUUCAUCAUCGGAGUUAUUGGGAUUUAGGGAUUCUGUUUUCAAGUUUUCUGGGUUUGAAAGAGUGGAUUUGCGAUUCCUGAAGAGAAGAAUUAGUGGAGAGAAGAAUUAGUGGAGAGAAGAAGUCCGGAUUUGACAAGCUUUGUUCGUCACUUUCCAGCGGAUUCAAAAGGUAACGAUAUCUUUUGGGCUGUACAGAUAUGGACAGAAUCAGUGAUUUAUCUGAUGAAUUGCUGAUUAAGAUAUUAACAUCUGUUCCGACAAAACUCGCUGUAUCAACUAGUGUUUUGUCCAAACGAUGGGAGUGUCUUUGGAAGUGGCUGCCUAAACUUGAGUACGAUGAUACAGGUUAUUCAGUGUCUGAAUGUGAGCGGUUACAGUGUUUUCUGGAUAAAAAUCUGCCAUUACAUAGAGCUGUGGUUAUAGAAAGCUUCCGUCUCCAGUUUAAAAAUAAGCGUUUCAAACCUGAAGUUAUCAAACUGUGGCUUCUAUUUGCUGUUUCUCGCUGCCCACGAGAGCUCGAGGUUUCUUAUUCUUAUUCUUAUCCGAGAAAACGAAAUAUAUCGUUGAGUAGCUUGUAUACCUGCAAAUCGCUUGUGAUCUUGAAACUCAGUGGAGCGAUUCUCGUGGAAGUUCCUCGGAUGGUUUCUCUUCCUUCUCUGAAAAAAUUGGAACUUCGUAAGGUGACAUACUCAGAGGAACAAUCUCUUCACCGGCUUCUAUCUAUUUGCCCUGUUCUUGAAGAUCUAUCCGUGGAGCUAAGGGACAGUGACAAAUUUGCAAAGCUCGCUUUUAGCAUCCCGUCGCUAUCCUUGGAGUUAGAUAAUGGCUACAAAAUGAGACAGCUCGUUAUUAGCGUCCGGUCUUUGCAGAGUUUAACACUCAGUGUACCUUGUGAAUGUUCUGGAGUAGAUGAGGUUGUGAUAGAUACUCCUUCUUUGAAGUAUCUCAAACUCGACGAUCGGUUUGAAGGUGGUCGCAACUGUAUGGUUGGUAAUAUGCCUGAGCUCAGGGAGGCACAUUUAGAUGUCUGUUACCCUGGACGUGAUAUCGUUGAUCUUCUCGUAUCAAUCACAUCGGUCAAGCGUCUUACAAUAUCUUCACAUCCUUAUGGUGACGGUUUUGUCUUCAACCAACUUGAGCAUUUGAAGCUAUGUGUAGACAAAUCUUAUUCGUUGGAUCUCCUUGUCCAGUUGCUCAAAGAUUCUCCUAACUUGCAAGUACUAGACCUCUACGAUAUGGAAGAUGACUAUCAUUUCUCUGAUGACUAUCUAACGUGGGAUCAACCUAGUACUGUUCCUGAAUGUAUGCUAUCGAGUCUGCGAAUUUUCAACUGGUCAGAAUACUUUGGAAGACGAGGUGAGAGAGAUGUUGCGGUUUAUGUCUUGGAAAACGCUCGUCUCUUAGAGACUGCAACUAUCUCCUCUAACGACAUGUUUGUUCCAAAACUUGGGAUGAUCAAGGAGUUGUCAUUAUCUUCCCGAGCUUCAACCACAUGCCGACUCGUGUUUAACUGAGGAGCUAAAUCAUUAGAUGUUUUCAUUGAUGUAAUAGGAUUCUGAAUUUCACCAUCUAUAUUGUCGGUCUGUUAUACAACAAAAUUCUUCCAAAUUUUUAAUAUUGAGGCUUGAUGGACAUAGGUAUGUUCUCUUGGGUCUGUUUUCUUAGGUUUUGCUUCGUUUCUCUAGUUUUAUUAUUCUCCGCCUCUAAA